AUGUACUCUCAUGAAAAAAUCAAUAAUUUGUGGAUGAUAUUUAAUACAGGAAAGAACGCAACUUUAAUGUACAAAUUUAGAAGUAAACAAAACUCAACAAGAGGAACAGAAGAGGAAGAAAAUGAAGAACCACCACCACCACCACAACAACAACAACAAGACCUAGAACAAACACUGAAGGAUGAAGUAUUACAUAAUCAAAAUAAUGAAACAAUUAGAUUAGAAACAAAACUAACAAAUCAAUCACCAGUAUUAUCCCCUUUUCUGCCAGUUAUUUAUCCACAUGAAGUUGUAUCAUUAACAUCUAAACGGAAUACUUCAGAAAGUAUUUUAAAUGAGUCAGAAUUUAAACAAGGCCAGAUCAAUACUGAAUUGAUUAAACCAAAUAUUUCAUCAUGGCUUGAAACAAUAAAUGAAGGGAAAGACGAUCCUAAUGAUCAAGAAUCAGUGAAACCUUCAAAGCUCGACACUGCACGCUCUAUACAACAUCCUUUACAAAGGAAAUAUUCAAUUUGUGAAAAAAAUCAGACUCGUCAAAGUAUCGCUUAUUCAAUUAUCAGACAUAGAGAAAACCAGUUGCGUAAUUUAAAAGCAGCAUUAAGUGAAGCACCAAUAGCGUAUCUAUGGAAUGAUAAUUUAAAUAAAAGUACAACAAAAUUGAAAACAAAAUUCAUUUGUUCAAAAUAUAAAGAUAUCAAUUUACAAGCAAAACGUUGUAUUCCUGGUUCUAUUGGCGGUUUAUCAAAUUAUUUCCUAGAAAUUAUUGCUUUACCUAAACCUGCAUUGAUUCGUUUCCCACCACCGACUAGUAUGCAUCAAUAUAUACAUAAAAAAAUAUUAGCUAAAGAGAAACAGCAAAUGCAACAAAAUUUGAAUAGAUUAAGUCAUUUAACUGAAGAAAUGAAAAGAGUUUCAGAAGGUCAAAAAUUGAUGGCUGCAUUAAAAUUCUUACUGGCUUCUACAAGCAAUGAGAAAAAUGAAAAUAUUAAAUCUGAAGGAAUAAGAAAUUAA